UUUUUUUUUUUUAUAUAUAUAUAUAUUGCUUCUAAGUUUCAAGUACAUGACGUGUGAUUAAUUAUAGUUAGCUUAUAUUAUAAGUUCAAAAACUUGAGGUUAUUAAUCAAUGCUUAAUUUUUCUCUUCAAUUUCCCUUUAAAGCAAUCUAUACAAUAUUGCGUUAUAUAAACCUGCCUCUUCCAUUUCUCUCACUUUUCUUAAUUCUGCCCUUUUAUUUUCUACAAAUUUUUCUUUUCUUCCAAACAACUUAAUAUAUAAUUAUUCUCUCUUUAAUUCCUUAAUUUUAAGUGAUAUUUUAAGAGUCUAUUAUAAAUGGGUAAGAUGAGGAGAAUAAUUUUGCGAACAAAAAAGGCCUUUUCUUGCAACGUUUCAACAUCGAAUGAACUUCAUGUCCCUUUUAACGUGGAUGUUAGAGAGGAAUAUGCAAAUGCCUUUAGAACCGAAUCAUAUAAUGAGUUUUGGGCUCGUGUUUUGGCACUAACACAUAAAGAGUCUCUCUCAAAAAAAUCUUUGGGAUCAACCUCGACAACACGAUUGCUUUCUUAUAGGAUUUUUGUUGAUCAUCUCUUAGACCCUGAUCAAUCUACCGUGACAAAAUUGUUAUCCUUAACCAAAAACCGGCCCAAAAUCAUGUCUCUUCUUACUAACUAUUUUGAGCAUACUGCUAACGCAUCUUUUUUAUGUGGUCAAUUACUAAAAGACACAGACAGAUUACGUAUUAAGUAUCGUUCCCUUAAGAAAACCCUAGAAUCAUUUGAUUUUCCUCAAUUUUCAUCAUCAUCCUCUAACCAUUUACCUAUAAUUUUACCACGGCUAACCGAAAUCACUAAAUCUAUUAACCCAUUUGUAAAUUCUUCUUCUUCAUUAGCUCGAUUUCAAGCCGUGAAGUCUAACUGUUCCGAGCUACUCAAACGGCUCGAGUCCCAACGUGAUAGGGUUAAAGCCAAGCUACAUGUACUAAAUAGCUUUAAAGUAAGCUCGGCUGUUUUUCUUGUAGCCCUAACAACUUCAAUUACAAUAAUUGUCAUAACUCAUUUUGUAGCCAUGUCUAUGGCUGUUCCGGGCCUUAUAAUUGCGUUUAGAGGCUCAACUUCAACAAAACAACUAGCCAAGACGUCGGCUCAGCUUGAUGCAGCUGCCAAAGGAACCUACAUUUUGAAUAGGGAUUUGGAUACAAUUAGUCGGCUUGUGGCUCGGCUUGAUGAUGAGCUAGAGCAUAUUCGAGCCAUGGUCGAGUUUUGGAUGGAUCGAGUUGAUGAUCACUUACACGCUCAAGCCGGUGAAGAAGUGGCUCGCCAACUUAAGAGAAAUGACGCAAAGUUUAUGGAUCAAUUAGAUGAACUUGAAGAGCACCUAUAUCUUUGUUUUAUGACCAUUAAUAGGGCUAGGAAUUUAGUGGUAAAAGAAAUAUUAGACUUACAUCCAAGAUGACACAAAACAAAUUAAAUGUUUUGUUACAUGUAAUAAUGUAUAUAUAAUAUAUAUUCAUUGUAAUAGAAAGUAUUUCUCUUUCAUUUUCUUAUAAAAUCUCUUGUUAUGUCUUCCCUUAAUUGUGGUAUGUAAUCAUUUGAAAGGAUAUAUAGAUGAUAGCCUAUUUAAUUGUUAAGAAUUGAUUUUUUUUUAUUUUUUUUUUGACACGUAAGAAUUGAUUUUGAAUUGUCAUAAUUUUAUUUUGAUCGUAUAAUAACUCCGAAACCUCAUAAAUUUCUCAAAAAGCAUGGAUAUUAGCCUUCAAUUUUGGAAUUUUUUCACCCGAAAAUAAAAAUU